GGUCAUCCACUUUCAUCCCACCAUCCAAGCCCGCUAUUUGAUCCCUGCCUGGUCCGUCCCCAAUUCUUUUGAACUUGGCUGCUGUUGAGUGCUGGUUACAUUUUAUUUUAUCUUGUCAAUUGAUCAUCCAAGCACUACGCUGUAUUCCGGACCAAAUCCUCCCCUUUUGUUUCUUUUACCUUCCUUCACCUCAUACCGGCACGCCCAAUAGCAAAUAUCGACUUUAUCUAUUUUUUUACUUCCAAAGCACAGAGAAGCUGGGAAAUAAAAAGAAACUCGACAAAUUUCCAGAUUUUUACUCGCUGGGCGUUGCAAGCCGCAAAGCUUCCUCCUCAAUUUGUCAAAAGGCUAAACCCCCCGUUCCUGCGCCGCCGAUUCGUUUUCUAUCGCCCCUCAAACCUUGCCCGGCCGGACCUUACCCGGCGAAAAGAGGUCGAGCUAUUAUAACGCCGCAUUGAGAGACACCUUACCCAGACAAGUCGUCUCGACUCUACAUUAAAGCAUAACGAACCCCGCAACAUCAUCCGGCCACGACACCGAUCUCAUUACAAUUUGCAUAUCGAACCUCGUUCCCAGAAUAGAAGACGCUACGACAAAUCGACCUUUCUGAUGAUAUCGGGUUUUCGACUUUUAUAACAUUUGAAACCCGUGCGAAGGCACGGUGUUGGAAGAAGUGUGGACGAUUUUCGAAGUGAACAGGCCCUCCAAUACAAAGUUACAGAUUCAAAAUGACAGUCUUUAUCGCUUCACUAUUUCUACCCAAGACGGUCCACUUCAGGCUCCCCGGCACACCACCGUCGAGAAGUGCACCGCCGCCAGCGCUCGAUAAGGACAGGGCGAAAGCCGAACUCCAGGCCGGCGGGCUGAAGUCACCAUCGCACACGAAACAGCCUAGCCUGUUCAAGGACAUCACGCCCCCUGAGACUCCGAUCGAAGAACGUCCAGCCGCCGAAGACAUCUUUACCAACGAGGAUGGCCUCGCCGUGCCUCAGUUCCACGCACCUAUCGAUGCUGGCAAGCAACGUGCCCCUGCAGACCGGGGGUCGCCGACAUGGGGUGCCCGUCGCGAUCAACCCAUGUCGCGGGCCAACUCCCCACCCCCGUCCUCGCUUCUUAACCACAACAAAACAUUGGCGCUCAAAGCGCGCGAGCUAGGUCGCAUGGGCGUCAAGCAGCCGCUGUCUCUGACCCGAAGCGAUAGCCACGAUCGGGUCUUUGCGCAAGCCGACUACACCAUAGUGAACGCAGACCAGGGCAAUGGCGGUCUCCGCAACGCCGCUGAGGCCGCCGCGAGGGAGGGCAAGCUUGGUGAUCACACUUAUGUUGGCACUCUCGGCAUGCCGACGGACGCUCUGGACGGAACCCAGCAGAAGCAGGACAUUGAGGAUAAGCUUGCAACGGAGCACGACUGCCUGGCUGUGUGGUGCUCGGAUAAGGAUUUUGACGGCCACUACUCGCACUUUUGCAAGCAGAUCCUGUGGCCAGUCUUCCACUACCAGAUCCCCGACAACCCCAAGAGCAAGGCGUACGAGGACCACUCGUGGAAGUACUACGUCAACGUGAACCAGGCUGUGGCUGACAAGAUUGUCAAGAACUGGAAGCGAGGCGACGUCAUUUGGGUCCAUGACUAUCAUCUGCUCCUGGUGCCCGGCAUGAUCCGCAAGAAGCUGCCGGAUGCCAAGAUUGGCUUCUUCCUCCAUGUGGCUUUCCCAUCUUCCGAGGUCUUCCGGUGUCUGGCGGUACGCAGGGAACUUCUGGAGGGUAUGCUUGGUGCCAACCUCGUGGGCUUCCAGAUUCAUGAGUACACUCGUCACUUCCUGCAGACUUGCAGCCGCAUCCUCUCAGCCGAGGCCACACCUGAUGGCCUGCAAUUGGAAGACCGCUUUGUCGAUGUGAUCAACAUGCCCAUCGGCAUUGAUCCCGUUGCACUGAGUGAGCACCGCAAGGAGCCACAGGUUUUGGAUUGGGUUAACAAGCUGCGGAAACAAUACGAGGGCAAGCAUCUCAUUGUUGCACGUGACAAGCUUGACCAUGUGCGCGGCGUCCGGCAGAAGCUUCUUUCAUACGAACUUUUCCUCAACCAGAACCCCGAAUGGCGCGGCAAGACGAUGCUGAUUCAGGUGGCAUUAUCCACCAGUGAGAAAUCCGAGCUGGAUGCGACAGUUUCUGACAUUGUUACGCGUGUCAACUCGUCAUGGGCGAGUUUGACAUACCAACCGGUCACUUACCUGAAGCAAGACAUAGGAUACGCUCAGUACCUGGCACUACUUACCAUUGCAGACGCGCUGAUGAUCACGAGCCAGCGUGAGGGCAUGAACCUGACUUCGCACGAGUUCUUGGCCUGCCAGGACGGCAAGAACAGCAAUGACAAGAAGCAUGGAUCACUGAUCCUGUCCGAGUUCACUGGCACAUCCAGUCUCUUUGGCGGCAACGAGUUGAGCGUCAACCCGUGGGACUAUCGAGCCUGCGCAGACGCCAUCAAGAAGGCGCUGGAGAUGUCGGCCGAGGAGAAGGAACGUAGGUGGACAAAGUUGUACCAGGCGGUUAGUCACCACACGGGUGCUCACUGGUUCACCGAGUUUAUGCUUCGGUUGGAUCGUGUCCAUGAGGAGCAACAUCGUCGCGACCAGACCUCGGUGCCCAGGUUGUCGGUUGCGUCGCUCAGUGCGCAGUACAAGCGAAGCAGCAAGAGGCUGUUCAUCCUUGAUUACGAGGGGACGUUGGUCAGCUGGGGCCCCGUCAACCAGAUCAUUCCCGUCAGCCCACAGGUACAGAACGCCACCUCUACUAACCCCUUGUCGGCAGGGCAGCAGGGACAGCCAGAAGGGCGGCAGCACAUUGUCCAUCCGCGGCUGGGCCCACUUACCCUUGCAUCUCCUCUCACAAUCGUUACUCACCAUCCCCCUACUACAAUCCGAGACAUUGAGUCCAAUGUCUUGUCUCCUAUUCGCCCAAGCAGCCCCUAUAUCACUGUAAACAAAAGUAUGCGACCAGGUGACCCGAUUCAGUACACUGACACCAAUCCUCAGCGCACCCUCGACGUCCUUUCGGACCUCCUCCUCGACGAGCAAAACACCAUCUAUGUCAUGUCGGGUCGCCGGCCCGAAGAGCUCGACCGCCUCUUCCGUGCCCGUAUUCCUAACCUAGGUCUGAUAGCCGAGAAUGGCUGCCUCCUCCGCAAGUGUGGUGCCGACUCGUGGACCGAGAUGGCGGAUGCAGGACAUAUCAAGAAUUGGAAGGAGUCUGUCAGGGGUAUCAUGACAUACUUCCUUGAGCGAACCCCUGGAGCCGAAGUCGAAGAGCGCCGAUGCAGCUUGGUCUUCCAUUACAAGAGCGCCGAGGACUACGAAGCCGCUGCACGACAGGCCAGCGACUGCGCGUCGCACAUCAACGACGCCUGCGAGGCGCAGCGGGUACACGCCGUCGCUCUCGACGGUUGCGUCGUCGUCGAGCCCGUCGACUGGACCAAGGGCACCGCGGCAGAGAAGAUCUUUGACGACCUGCGAAGCGGUGACCUCUCGCCCGACUUUUUGAUGGUCGUGGGAGACGGCCGCGAGGACGAGAAAGUCUUCAAGUGGGCCAACCAACUCGGCGAGGAGGGCACGGUGAAAGACGUAGUCACCGUCAGCCUUGGAAGCCGCAACACAGAGGCCAGGGCUACCUUGACUCAAGGUGUCAGCGGCGUCCUCACUGCCCUUCAGAAGCUGGCUGCGCUCUCGUGACUCCUUGACCCGGACGGUAGCUACGAACCUGGGAUGCACUUUGGUGGACUUUGAGAUUGAUAGAUCCAUGGUUAUCAGUGCUAUAUCGUUGAGCAUGAGAGUCAAUUUCUUUUUCUCUUGCCACUCGCCUUUGGAAUUAUCAACAGUACCUCAACAGCCAAUUAACUCGACCUUCACUGCCGUCUGGGAUAUUACCUGGAAAGCAACGUACGAAACGGGGGAACAAUCCCCGAUGAUUACAUAUCAGACACAUUUUCAACAACUCCAGUUGCCACCAGCAAGCAAUGCCGCACUGUUAUCAGCCUACUCUCCACUUACUUUUCUUAUUCCCCUUCUGCCACUUAACCAGAAUUUCCUUGUUUGUUCUAUUUCAAAUCAUCAAAAUAUCAAUCAAUCGUCAUCUUGUCUUUCUUUCCGGACACCUUUACCAUCAGAUAUUGUUUCUUUCUGUUCCUGUUAUUUUCUCUAUGUUUCGGCGAUUGGGAUCCUCGGGAAUGGGAUUUGGGUCGGAGGGAACACAACAAAAAGAAGGAUGGACAGGGAGGACUAUGGGGCCCCGAUUAUCAUGUGUACUCCUCAACUACAGGGCGUACUGCGAUGCCCAUUUACGAUCAAGACUAUCCCUAGAUUAAGAUUACGAGCUCACGCAAUUUCAUACUCUGGGUCAAGGAGUUUUGUUAUGACCAGCUCAUAUACUUCACUAACAGAAGAUUGGUGUUUUUGUUGACUUCCAAAAAUAUAGCAUCUAGGUUGAACGCCGCGUCAUCUGUAAGAGCUUGUAAGAGCUUAAUUUUACUACAACGACCCGGUUAUCAAACUCCUUGGGUCUUGUCGUCGAGAUCGUUCCGUUCAACCGCAACUCGACCUUGCGAGGCUACACUAGCACGUCAGUAGCCUGAGCUUGAAGGCCAAAUUUAGUGCUUGGAAAACUUCUAGGCUAGACUAAACAGUUCUAGUAGCG